AUGAUCAACACCAACUGUUCAGCAGCAGCCUGUGGAAACACAAUGGAGGAGCACAGCGCUGCCGCCGGUUCAGAAAACAUCGUCACUCAGUUUAACACGUAUGAAGACUACUUAGAUUCUCGGAUAAGGCCAUUAGACCUGUACUACCUGAAGGACAAGAAAAUGGCCCGCCAGCUGGUGGAGCUGGGCUGCUGGGGCAGCGGCGAGGUCCUGAAGAGGGAGGAAUUCGAGACAAGGAAAGCAGCUGCGGAGGCCUCGUCGCUCUCAAACAGGACCCAGCAGAAGACCCUGGCAAGUGCAGGAAAGGAACUCAAAGAUAACUUCCUGAGAGCGCUGGCUGAGCGUGAGGAGGCCAACCGCAGUGGGAAAAUGAAUUCCAUCAUUUUCGUAAGGGACCGCAAUUCUCGUGGACAGGAAAUAUCUGGGUAUAUAGACUACUCCCACAGACUACAGUUUGAAGACUUUGAACCAUAUUUCAGCGGAAAGAAAAGAUUUUUGCCAAGACAGACCGACUUAAGUUUCUACAACUGGAAAACACAAGCAUCUACAAUGAACGACACUGAAAACUACCAGGUGAUCGCAGAACAUUCAUCCAGUUUACUCUUCAAGAAUAAGAAAGACCGAAAAAUCCUGAAUGUCGACCCAGAGGCAUCAUCACCUGGUGCAAACUCCUCCAGAACGUCCAUCCAAUCUGACCUCUACCAUCAUGUUGUCAUCUAUGACCACAUCACCAGGAAGAACUGGGUCUGAGCCAUUCCCUGCGGCACACACUGCACUUUCUCUCAACCUUAACAAGGUUGUUUUAACAUGGUGAACUAUUUAAAUAGUGGCCUAGAAAUACUGCAGAAUAUUGAACAUUUUUCUUGUCAAAACUUUGUUUCAUUUAUUUCAUUUUUUCAAAAUUCUUAAACUUUCUGCUCAUUUCCAUAUUUAUGUACUUUUAGAAGCUCAUCUUUAGUGAAGUGCUUUACUUCAUUUUAUAGCUGCAUAGCUUUUAAAGAAGAAACUGGUUCAGGAUAGGUAUACUUAAGUUUUCAAUAUCGGUAUUUGAAAAGAAAGGUGGUAUUGCUAUUUGUAUGCAAAACAUGCUUUUGUU